CAGACUUUGUAUAAACUAAUAUUGAAAGACAGAGAGACCUAGAGGCUAGAGAACGAUCAUAGAUCCGAUCCCCUUCGAUCCCAAUCUAACGACCAGGAGAAUCAUCAUAUUUAGCCAUGGAGUCCACAAGAAACUGCAAGCUUGGAUCGUCAAACGCAAAGGACCAAACACUCUUAGACUUUCCUUAUGAUCUCUUACAACUUGUAGUUUCCCAUCUUCCACUGAAAGACAACAUCCGCGCUUCUACUGUCUCCAAAACAUGGCAACAAGCUUGUCUUUCCGUUAGAGUUCCAGAUAGACCUCCUUGGCUCAUCUACUUUUCGAAAACAGAGGAGUCAUCAUGUGAACUCUAUGACCCAUCAACGCAGAAAAGGUACUACCUCUCGUUUCCUGAGCUCUCUGGUUCUCGUGUAUGUCACUCCAACGAAGGUUGGUUACUCAUGUACAAUCCCAACUCGUUUCAACUCUUCUUCUUCAACCCGUUUACUCGUGAUCGCAUCCCCUUGCCGCCGCUCUGGAUGGCUUAUGAUCAGAGAAUGGCUUUCUCUUGUGCUCCUACAUCAAGUAACUGUCUCUUGUUCACUGUCACUAAUGUCACUCUACAUAACAUCACCGUCAAGACAUGUUAUCCUAAUGCUGAAGAGUGGAACACGUUUGUGUUCAAGAAUCAGUUACCGGUUAGUACUUUCGAGCAGAUUGUUUUCUCCAACGGUGUUUUCUACUGCUUCACAAACACUGGCCACUUAUCGAUCUUUGACCCGUCUUCAAGUUCUUGGAACGUUCUUCUUUCCGGACAACCUCUUAAAAAACAUCAUGGAAGCAACGGAUGUUUCAUGACACAGCACCAAGGAGAGAUCUUUCUCAUAUACAUGUUCAGCCACAUGAACCCAACUGUGCUUAGACUUGACUCUACAAGCUGUGAAUGGACUGAGAGGAAAACACUGGGAGAGUUGACAAUCUACGCUAGUGGUUUGUGUUCUGAAACUAGAGCUGAGCAGAAGCAGCCAAGUGGAGUAAGGAACUGUUUGUGUCUCUCGGUGUUCCAUGGAUUCAAGAGGAGUUGUAUAUACUAUGAGGUUGAUGAAGAGAGUGUGGUUUCCUUGAAGUGGAAAAAGUCUGACCCCUAUGCGAAUAUUUGGAUCAUGCCACUCUUAAACCCUAUACUUAAUCAACUUCUCUAAUAGUAUUAAAAGACAUGUACAAUAUACUUAUUUACGAAUGCUGAAAAUGGAAUGUCUCAUAAGCUUUGUAAUGUUACAAACAACUCUAUAUUUCUGAUCUCACACUCAUAAGCUGAUUAACAAUGUUGUGUCCUAAAUCAUUAAAAAAAAAAAUAGAAAUCAAGCAAGCAAACCAAAACAAAUCAGAAAUGGAAACCAUAUCAAACUGAUGAACUGGUAAAAUAAGAGGAAAAAAAAAUGAAAUCUGCUGCCUAUAAUAAAACUCUAUGCAGCAAGCAACAUUGGAUGAUGAAUGAGAAGCCAAACUUGCACCUUCCUUCUUUGGAA